CCGAAGGAGGAAAGUAGCAAGGAAGUUGGUUGGGUUGAUUCUUCCCCACAUAAUUAAGAAGUUGAAUGCAAAGACUAGAGAAUUAAACUUGGAGGUGGUAGAAAGCUCAGAAGAAGUCGCUGAAGUGACAGCAUUGGGAGGCAGCGGCUUAGGUUUGUGGUCAACUUGCUUGACAGGACAUGUUCUUGUAGACAAUGGCAAGUUUCUGGCCUUCCUUGCAAGCAUGGUCUAGCAUUUAUCACAUCUCUUAUCAAUGCACACAUACAGAAUUAUGUGGACUUGUAUUACUCCAUUCACAAAUUUAGGGCAGCCUAUGACCAACUAAUUCCUGCCAUGGUUGACAAGAACCAAUGGCCUAAAUCUGACCAUGGAUUCUUCAUGUUUCCACCACUACUAAAAUCCACGGCGGGUAGGCAUAAAACUGAGAGGUAUAAAGGCUGCAGUGAGAAGAAAAGAAAAAGCGGCCAACACUUAUGCCCUAUUUGUAAGGACUAUGGGCAUCAUUGGCAUAAAUGCAAGAAGGGUAACCCAGAUGACAUUGGUGCUAUUUUAGCUGUGAGAGGACCACCAAAGAAGAGGGCAAAGACCACCAAAGCAUCAAUGUCAAAGAAGAGGACCAACAAGAAAGCAUCUGUUGCUUUGAAAUUACAUGCCAAAAGAAAAGGCAAAGAGGUUGCUGAUAAGUUGCCACACCUUCCUAUGGUGCCACAUGAUAGCCCUGCAAUGGGCACACGUAGCAAAAAAAUGAAUCCUGCCAGCCCUGCAAUGAGCACACGAAGCAAAAGGAGGCUUAGCUUGUGAUUCUCAUUGGAUCCCUUUCCAUAUCAUGGUUCAUUUGGGAAACUUUUGAGCUGUUUAUGUAAUAUAUAUGUGAACCUGGGCUUUUGUAAGUGCUAUAUGUGACCUUCAUGUGUUGUAUUUGACAUGAUGUGAACCUGGACUAUUAUAUGUGAACUCUAUGUGAACCUGAAUGUGUGUAGAGGACUAAAUAUGUGGACUAUUUUCGUAUAUGUGAACCUGGACCAAGUUUCUAUGAA